AGGCGAAGAUUAGCUGCAUCGAAGCUUUUCAACCUCAUCUUCCAUGUUUUUUUUAUACGAUAUUUUAUUUCAAACUCUACAAACAAUGCAAUUUCUACUUCUUAGUUGAUACAAUAUUUUCGACAUUUCCGCACACGAUAUCAAGAUUCAAUGUACUUGAUUUAGAAAACUUUAACUUGUCGGCCUUGCUGAAAAAUUUUGUUUUUCCUUUUAUCUACUAGUCCCAGUAGUUUGCUGCGUACAAUUUCAUUUUCAUCAUUGAUUCGACUGCAACAUACACACGCCUGAAGCCCGUGUCUCUUGCAGAUUCAAAAAUAAUGAAGCACGCACUGGCAUCUCGGGCGCUCCUGCUUCUAUGGAGCACCAAAUCUGUCCUGGUCGCCGCAUCGGCCUCCAGCGACUCGUCGCACACCAGAAGCACUGACGGGCAGCAGCAGGUGAACAACCUUCAAACGGCGCAGGAGUCUCUUGCGGGAGCUGGUGCAGGCGCACCUCCCAAAGCUACCGACGAUGUGGUCCUCGAACACGACAGCAGUACUUCUUUGACACCCAGCACGAGCGGCGCGGAAGGUCCCCUGCCAGACUACGCCUUAUCAAAAGUAAAAAUGUCUGGGUCUGGGAACUUGUGAUGCUGGGUAGCGUCUCAUGAUGAGGCUACAAAUGCUGGCUCAGCAUGACAAGUUUCAGAGCUCCUAGGUGUUGCCUAUUCUGCAUGACAAACUGCGCUUCUGCAUCACAGAGAAGCGGAGCUCUUGGGUAACGUGCAUGACAGAUUUAAGAGUCAUGCCAGACAAGCAUGACAAACAUGAAUUCUUCCAGACCCAGACAUUUUCACAUUUGAUACGCCUGGGACCGGGUUUAUUCGUUCUUGGCCGGCAAUGGGGUCGCGUCGGGCUCCUUCGAUCAAAAAGCCUAUGCAUUGCAAAUAUGUCUGGGUCUGGAAACUUGUGAUGCUGGGUGGCGUAUCAUGAGGAGGCCGCAAGUCCUGGCUCAGCAUGACAAGUUUUUGAGCUUGCUUCUAGGUGUUGCCUCUUCUGCAUGACAAACUGCGUUUCUGCAUGACAGAAAAAUGGGGCUCUUGGGUAAAGUACAUGACAGAUUUAAGAGUCAUGCCAGCCAAGCAUGACAAACAUGCACUCUUCCAGACCCAGACAUUUUUGCAUUCCAUAAAGCCGACCGCAAAGCAACUGUGGAAAACCUCGAAAGCCACCACGCAAAGACCAAGCAGGCGGCUGUGGUGGCGGCCGACCCGGGCACAAUCCGUCCGGCGGUUUCUCAGAAGUGGCUGCAAGCUGCGGAAAUCGUGCGCGCUGCUGGCCACAGUGCCGAUAGUGGUACACGAGGAAGCCGAGCUGUUCUUACCGAUGCUCAUCUUGGCACCGCGACGAGAGACACCAUGCUGCAGAAAGUUCUGAAGCGGAAACACCGUCUAGGCCCAGAGGGGACUGACGCAACCUCAAGCCUUGCUGCCGCAAGCAAGGCGAGUCGGAAGUUUGUGGAAAAUAAGACGAAGAAUUAUUUGCAAAACUGGUACAAUAAAGCGACUGCUGGCACCGAUAGAGCCCCCGGCCAUUAUCCUUUCGUAGCAGAGGGACUGUUUUCUUGUACGGUGGAAGACUUUUAUGACCUGCUCGCCGAGGCUAUCCUGAGUAAAAACGUACCCACACCAGAGUCAGGAUGGGGAUUUUGCAACACAAACCUAGGAGUUUUGUGAGUCACGCAUGACAAGUUGCACUAUGCAGUGUAGUGCAGGUCAGCAAGUGCAGCCGCAUCACAGAUUCAUCUGCUCGUCCUGUUCACAGCAUCACAAAUUCCAAAACAGGAUUGGAAAUGGCUCUCAUGGGGAUGCGCAUUACAAGUCUUCCUGUCUUUGCAAAUCUGCAUUACAACUCUGGUGUGGGUACGUUUUUACUCAGGAUAGAGGCUCCGGACGACGAGAUCGCGCACGCAGUGAUGAUCCACGGCGACGUCAUGCCGAGCUGGCUUUCUGCGAACAUUUUGCGCGAAAAGCUCCGGCCGCUCAUCCAAGGAGCGCGCGAACGAGGUGGGACCGUUGGCCCCCGCCUGGAGGGUCACGAGGCAGGAACGGCGACCGAAAGCCCCCCGACAAGCGCUGCUGGAAUCACCCUUCCACACGGUGGCAGCCUGAGUGCGCAGGGCGAGUCCUUCAUUGCUGUGCACAACGACGUUUGGGCAGAUGACGGAUCAUUACAUGGGCCAGACAUGAGCGCAACCUCCCGGGCCCGCUUUCUGGAGCAAGUCGUGCGAGAGGAUAAUCCAAGUGCAUACUACCCGAGGUUGUUUGUUUCGAACCCCGAUUAUGACCCUGACGCCCGUGUUCGUCCCGCGGGCGAUCGCAGCCGCCAGACGGGCGAUCGCAUAGCGUUGCGGCACAGGCGCACAUUUCGGGGGCGGUACGCAUACAGCGACGGUGGAGUUCAUUCUACCUCCAGCAGUGGCGGCGAGACCCUGCAUUACACCACUGACUUCGACGCCACACGGGAUGUCCUGAACGUUACCGCCGAGGAAGUCCAUUUUGUCAUCGUAGAGUCGCCGACGGUUAUGACGCAUAUUCGCUGCAAGCCGAGAAAAAAUUGGGAAUGCAAGCUGCAGAUUUGUCAGCACAGCAGCAACGACCCUUUUUCGCAGGGUCAAGGCAGGAAUUGACCCUUUUUUCGAUGGUGCACCGACUACAUUUUGGACUUCGACAGCAUAACAUUUGCUGUGCAGCUCAGCGUGGUCAGACUAAAUGGAGCUGCAGGUCCUGCGGGACCCUGAUAAUAGCACUUGUGAUGUCUGCUGCUGCCAAUAUCCUUCAGCUAGCGGCCUUAUCUUUCCGGAAAAGAAUAUGA